UAUAACAGUGCUUUCCGACCAUGCCACUGCACUGCAAGAAUGUGACAAAAAUCAGCAGCUACUAAACUGGAAGCAGAUUUACAUGAAAAAAACGUGAAAUGCCUGAGUCUCAACAGUAACUCAAAUAUGACCACUCGCGUGAAGGCAUUCGCAAAACAGCAGAAGCCAUCUCUACCAAUUCCAUUCAGUCAUCGACACAGAAUAGAUUUACUGCUCUACAAAAAUGGCGAAAUUACAUCAAAACACCCACAAGCUUUCCCGAUGCUGGGAGAACUUCCUUCAAUGGCAGGUUUGCUGCUCUACCCUGACAAGCGAGAAAAGAUGGUAACCACAACAGAAGCUGAAUUUGGACCAAAAAUCUGCCCAAAAAUGGAACCAAAGAAGAUCCUACGGUGCAACCUAACUCUUGAUGGUGACAGGAGCUUCGUCACAUCAAACAGGGAGGAUUACCCUUCUUACAACCCAGAUGGCGCUCCAGGAGAGUGCUUUGGAAAGUUUCCUGCCAGAGAAAACAAGACUGGCAAAGAGCAGAGAUGUUCUCUGUACCAGCAGGACUUUCCUGCACCUAAGAGAGUCUACGUGAGGAGAAAUCAGGUCUUACCUCAUCCUGACAACUUGGCGAUUAACACUUCACUGAGAGCUGAAUACAGGACUGUACAGCAGGAGGCUUUUCCAGGAUGGGAUGUGUGUGUGCACGCGCGUCCAGAACCUGCCCGAAUCAAACACUGCUGUCGCUGACAGAUGAAGACCAGAGAAUAUCAA